AUGGUGAUUCAGAACGCUGCUUUCAUGGAACUCCUUGGCCUCAAACGGGACCUUGCUCACCAAUUCACACCUGGUACUCCAUCCUUAGCCUUCAGCAGCGUGAGAAGCUCUGUAACACAGGAGACCCCCAAGGAUUUCUUCGGAACGCUGCCUGUAUCUGAUCUUAAUGGCGAUAGGGUCGCUGGCCCAGUGCGAGUCGCUGCCUGUGGCGCUCAGAGAGCGACCCGACGCUCCAUUAAUGGAACAGGUGCUUCUUUUACUGCCAACCAUACUUAUGAAAGCAGUCUCACGGCCUUACAGUGUUUGAUAUUCACAAAUACGUACUAUUUAUGUUUGGUCAAGCCCUGCCAAGCGCACGAUUAUAUUCUCAUUGCGUCCAUACGUGCGCAGAACCCGCUGAAGAGUGCCUCUCUCGACCCAAAAAACCAGGAACUUAUUCGGCGUGCAUUAUGGGUGGCUCUGUUGAUCGAAAGUGAGCUAGCAACUCAGCUAGAUCUGACUAAUCGCAGUGUCUGGACCCUCGAUUAUGAGGUCCCCUUGCCAUCUUGGUCAUAUCCAGUAGAUGAGGCACGCCCAUCCCAUUUCAGCGCGCCAGCUGACUCUCCUGGCGGAUCGUUCAGCAAUUCCCAGUCCUCAAGUCAGCUGUUUUCAUACUUUCUAGCAGAGACCGCCAUGCGACGGAUGCUCCAACGCUGUACGGCAUCGACUCAAAGAUUACCUAGCGAAAAGCAAUCGUUCGCUCCUGUUAUAUCGACUGAGUUGCAAUUGCAGCUCGAGCAGUGGCACUCGCACCUACCGGAAUUCCUUCGCUUCGAUCGUUAUUUCAUUUCCGAGUGCAAUACAAACCCGCAAUUGCUCUUUCUUCGAACUCAAUAUCAUGCGUACAGAGCGUCAAUACUGUGGCCGGAAGUCCACCAGGCCUUGGUAGAAGGAGAGGAAUACGAUAAAACACUCCUACCAUUCUGCCUUGAAUUUCAUCAAACUUAUAAUCACUUUAUUUUGAGUGCGGCUGCCUGUAUCCCACAGUGCCUUCCGAACAUAUGGACACUCUAUGCCAGUGUGUUUAACAUCACAAUGGCAGCACUUUAA